AUGGGAACUGAUCGGAAGUGGAUGUAUAAUAGACUUACACAUGGACAUAGAUUCAUUAACCCUGAAUUUGUGGUUGGGGUAGAGUCAUUCAUCCAAUAUGCUUGUGACCAACCGAGAUUUAUGGAUGGUGAUGAAAUAAGAUGCCCAUGUUGUAAGUGUCAAAAUCGAAGGUAUGAAGUGGUUGAUAAUGUGAAGUUGCACCUUCUGAGGAAUAGAUUUACUCAAGAUUAUCGUCAGUGGGUAUGUCAUGGGGAGCCUUUGGUAUAUGCAAAUUAUAGUGAAACUCAGUGUAACUCUUUGAGACCGCAAGAUGUGGAAGGAUCAAGUUCAUACAGGGACAUGAUUAUUGAUGCAAUUGGUCCUAACUUUGAUCCAUAUUAUGAUGCAAAUGAAGAGGAAAUGCCAAACCCUACAACUCAAAAAUUGUAUGACAUGCUUGAUACAGCAAAAGAACCUUUAUGGCCUGGAUGUGAAUCGCACACUCAAUUAUCCGCCGUUGCAAGAUUAUUAACAAUAAAAUCUGAGUUUCAAAUGUCAGAGAGGUGUUAUGAUACUGUAUUGCAAUUUAUGAAAGAGGCAUUACCAACUAAUAAUAAGUUGGUUGAUAACUUCUAUAAUACAAAGAAGUUUGUUGCUGGCUUGGGUCUUCUAUGCGAGAAAAUCCAUUGUUGCAAAAAUGGAUGUAUGUUAUAUUGGGGUGAGGAUAGUGGCAGAAGAAGUUGCAAGGUUUGUGACUAUCCUCGAUAUAAAAGUGGGAAGAGAAGCAUAGGGAAUCACAAAGAUUAUUCACCGAAUCAAAAGAUGUAUUAUUUUCCUCUGACACCUAGGCUACAAAAAUUGUAUGUUUCAAAGAUAACGGCGAAGGAUAUGAGGUGGCACAAAGAGCAUGAUAAAAAAGAUGGCAUGAUUUGA